AGGAGGAGAAGAGAGAGACCGAGGAGAGGAAGACAGGCUGUAUUUGGAAAGUCGGAGUGGAAGAAGAAAGUUGACAGAAGCAGCAAUAAGGAUUAAGAAAGGACCUUCAUCUUUCCUGUGAAGAGGAGGAGAAUUAGAAGAUGUGCAGAGGAGGAGGAGAUGCUUGAACAAAGCGCGCACGUUCCUGCUUCGCGCUGCGCAGGUGGAACAUCUUCAUCCGAGAUGUUAAAGGAAUGCUGACAAGUUUGGCUUCCAACUCCCACACAAAGCUUUUCUGCUCAGAUUUAGCCACGCACAACUAAGCAAACGCGUCUCUUUGCUCACACCCACGGAAAAAGGCAAGCAGUGAAGCGGGAUCCGUGCGCAACAGCGCACUCCGUCCUUUGGAUGCUGCCUGCUAGGUCGAUUCAGUCUAACAAUGCUUCUCGGGGGGUUCAUCCCGACAGGACAUCCCGGAGCACAGCGUCCAACGUGAAGGCAUUAUCAUCAUCAUCGGAGAAGCAAAUUGAGACUCAUCCAACUCGUCAUCAUCUGUCCCGAGUGAAAACCUUUUAAAGUGGAUGUGGUGCAUUAAAAUUACAUGUCCAAAUGGAGCGCUGCCAUACCGAGUAGCAAGCCUACAGCCAUAAAUCAAAGCCAGAGGACUUUGAUUUCCUCAUUAUCGCUUCCUGCAGCACCAACAGAGGAACAGGCAUGUUGGCAGGCCCGCUGACCUGCCAAUGUGCACCAUAGGAUUCUAUUUCUGGAACCUCGUUGCUUUUACAGAUUAAAUGCCCUCAAAUAUGGCCCCAAUCUGUUCAGUGUACCGUUCAGUUUGACAACUGCUGCAGGUUGUGUAUUUUAAGCUGCGAAUCGGCCUCACUGUGCAUAGGUCCAGUUGUCUUAAGGGCCCCUGCCUUUGACCUCUUUUUCAAAGUUUCAGGGCACUGUUUUCAUACUGCGGAACAAACACAUGGCUGUACAUCACAACAGCUUGGGGUCAUUUUAAUUAUUCUUGUUAGAGUUUUUUGUCAGCUCACAAGUCAUUGCCCAUUUCCAUCUGGAAGAGCUGAGGGGAAAGACUGACGUGGGUGCAUAAGCUGAAAAGUCCUGUGUUAUUAACGGCCUCUCUCCAGGGCACAGCUUCCGUUACCCUUUCUGGUCCCAAUCAACAUCCUUUAUCAUCACAUUUGACAUUUUCAUCUUGUAUAAAGAAAAAAUAGCCAACUUUAACAACUUUAUGAACACUGGCAUACUGGAUCAUGUGAAAUGGAGGACAAUGGACGAAUCCUGCACCAUGAGGACAACAGCAUCCUGAAUAAUUCAGUACAACUUCAGCCCACAUCUCACAGCAUACGGGAGCUGGCUGCCAACGGAUAUUUCGCUCUGUCAUAAAUCUGGCAUGUGCUGUCCUCUGGACCAAGCCCUGUUAUAAGAGAAAAAUUAAAGAAUAGGAUUAAAGAUGGAUUAUCACUAAAACACUAAAGCCAGCAAAGCAGCUGCCUUUGUGUAAAUCCACCGGACACUCUUCAGGGAAACGCUCUGCCAACCGAUUUGCAGAUUGCAUUUUGCUGUUGAUGUGGUGGCCUCUUGUGUGGAUAGUAUUAAAAGAGAGGGAUGGAUAAUCUGGAUGAGCUGGAGCACCCUCUUCUGGGAGAAAGCACCAAUAACAGCCGAGCACCUGGGCAGGGGCUGGGACCCGGACCGGGACAGGCCCCGGGUGGACUGUUCAAGAACAUCUUGGUUAAGUGUGAGGAGGACAGGGCCUACCCUCCGUUAGCUUGGAGGAGCUACUGCGGACAUCAUCCAGAGCUCCAGCAGCAGCAGCUACUGGACCCUUGCUCUUUACCUCACACACUGGAGUCAUUUUACCCUGCAGCCCCCAUCUGGGGCCACACAGACUCCAUGCUCAGCAAAGACUACCUGGAGACCACCUUUGUAGACAUUCGGCCCGGCUCCACUUUGGAGAGGAAGUUGUUGGCUGAGACGCAAGACUUCCACAGUGCAUCCUACAGCAUGGAUGAUGAGGAUGAUCUGCUUCCCGACUCUGAUGACUCAUCCAUUGAUGACUUAAGCGAUACAGACAGUGAGAGCAACUUCCCCCUGAUGAUCCCUCAGGACUACUUGGGUCUGGCCUUUUUCUCCAUGCUCUGCUGCUUCUGGCCCCUGGGCAUCGCUGCCUUCUACCUUUCACAGAAGACCAACAAAGCAUCAGCUCAGGGGGAUUUUCAGGGGGCCAACGCAGCCUCCCGCCAGGCUCUGUGGCUCUCUGUGCUCUCCAUCGUGUUUGGAAUCAUAACAUACAUCUGUGCCAUUGCUGCAUUGAUUUCCUACCUGUCUGGAAAACCACCAUAAGAGCAAUCCUUUCGCAAAGACAGAUCUCUCAAAUCCUCCAUGAUUAUCACAUGCAACUGUAAAAGUAAUCACAGUCUUUGUCUGUCGACCUUGUCUGACAUCAUAAUUCAUGAUAACAUAGCAGCAGAGCCAGCGAGUAGAUUAUAAUCACUUCUAAUUGGAUUAGGAUAUAAUUCAGCUCGGAAAACUUGAAGAAAAAAUAAACCCUCACAAAAGAUGUCACUCCAUAUAGAAGCUUCAGUCUGUGUCAAUCUGUGCUGUAGUUGUCAUCAUGUUAGGUGUAAAUUAUGUAAAAAAAAACAACAAAAAAAAAGCAGAUGUUUCCUCAGCACUGCAGAUAUCUUUGUUACAAACAGUGGAUUAAUAAUAAGAGGCGGGUGGGGGGGAAAGCGGGAGGGAUGCCCAGGAGGAGCAGCGUGCAGAGAUGGAGUCUGCAGAUUUAACAGAGGGUCACAGCAAGGACAUGGCAGCAGAUAAAUCCUGAUGGACUCCACUGUGGGACGGCCUGAGCCAGCACUGUCCCCGGUGGGCUGAGAGGUGGGGGCAAGCCUCACAUGGUGAGCUUGAAGCAAUACGCCCCCCCCCCCCCCCCCCCCCCAAAAAAAAUAAAAACCUCCAUAUGCUGAUCCCACCUUCCCAAUCAGCAUCACUCUAUGGUCAACCUGCAGAAAGGACUGCCCCUGUUGUUUAUGCCUAGUCUAACCUUUAAAAACACCAGAAUAAGAGUGCCAUUAGAGCUUCUAUCCAAGAUUCUGGAGCACAUGCUCCAGAUAUAGAAAUAAAAAGAAAAUAAAAGAACCACUGCGAAGGAAAUGAUGAGAGAGAGACAGACGCAGAGCGGUGAAGAAAAGUGCCAAAAAUACAGAAGCAAACUGAGGAUGAUGUUGUUAGGAGCUAUUCUAGUAACCAGGAGGAGACAGCGCAACUCAAAUAUAGUUUCAGUCCAUUUCUCCAGAAAGACACAUCAAAUCCUCCAGGAACUCACUUCUUCCAGUUCAGCUGUGCGAUGCAUGAGUCGCUGACAUCUCCAUGAAACCUGCAUGGCGCGUUCAAAGCCGUCUUCCUUCAUUUGGUCCAAAUUUCUGCCCAAAAAACCCCAGAAUUGAAAUUUAAAAUCACCUUUGGACCAUAUUUGGUUAAGCUUAAAUGUGCCAUUACAUGUAUAAAAAAUAAAAAUGGGAUAAAAGCCAGUAUUUUCUAUUUAUCUGCUGUUUUUAUAGACUCUACAGUUGACUGACAAAUAACCCAAAUACUUUAUUUUCUGCAACCCCUGGUGGUUUAUUAAAACUACACUGUGAACGUUACACACACGUGGUAUCUCUGAUCCAGCUGACUGUCUACACAUGGCAUCAUAAUACACCUCUUGACAAUCCUGAACCUCCACUGAAGGUUAAAUAAGAAAACUGAGUGUUUUAUACAAAGCCACGAGAUGGGCUCUGCUCAGAUUUGUGUCACCUGUACAGAAAACGGUGAUUCAGGGCGAAGUGGAGGUACAAAUAAUAUUCAGUUCUUUCCAGGAUCACUUCCUCAUGUCAUAUGUGAAUAUUUAAGUGGAAAAAAAUCAACAAAUCCCAAUAAAUGCACUUGUUUGA